UUCACUCUCUUCCCCCUUCAUUUUCACAAAUCCCCCCUUCUCCAGAUUCACAAGUGGUUUACUAGUAGCAGAUUUUUGAGAUUGUUUGUUGCUCUCGAUAGUUUCUCAUAUUCCGAGGUUAAGAUAAAUGUUAGACUUAGAUCUUAAUGAGAUUCCUUCAGAAGAAGGAGUGCAAGAAGCUUCGGAAGGAGUGCAAGAACCUUCAGAAGAAGGAGUUCAAGAACCUUCAGAAGAAGGAGUGCAAGAACCAGUUUCUGAAAGAUAUUCAAGAAGCACACAUGAAGCAGAGAGUGAUUUUAUCUGGAACCAUUUAUCAGAAGAGCAGAAGCUUGAUGCAUCAAACAGUUUCACAGCUUAUUGCGAGCCUGUUGAAAUCUACAACACAAUCCAGUCUCGCCCAAGAUUCCUUCAGAGAAGCUUGUACCGCAACAGAAAAGAGAAGCACAAAAAGAGGAUUCUAAUGACAGUUGUGCUGUCAUGGAAAGUCGAUGAAAUUCGAUCUCUGUUUCCUAUGUGUAUCGGUCUGGGAAGGCUGGAUCCAAACAAUGAACCCACAGGGGAAGAAAAGUAUCAUAUUCGUCGGAUAUUCACAUUUGAAGGUCCCUCUGGAGUUAACUGGGAUGACGUUAAACAUGUCCGAUUAAACUUUAUGCUUCCUCAAGUUGAAAAGUUAGCUGUGGAAACUAAUUAUGACAAAUAUUUUCUCUUCAUUCUCGCUUCUGGGGAAAACCCAAUUUCACUGUCUACACACAAUGCAAGCAAGUUGACUUCGGAGGUGGCUUCUAAUGAAUCAUCGGGUGGAGAGAAAUGCCUUUAUGGGAAAGUAUCCUUGAAAUUUCUUUAUGAGAUUUUGAAUAUAUCUCCAGAUUCUCCUCUGAAACAGCGAACUGAGAUUCAAUUUAGCACUGAACUUCGUUCGUGUAAUUUGAAGUAUUGGAUGCAACGUUAUACUCGAACAGAGAGCAGCACCAUCUCCAUUAGAGAUUCCAAUGAUUCUAAGGGUAUGUCAAAGAAAAUUGAAAUCUCAACUGGUUUUGAAGAAUUUGGAGCAGCUAUGGAAGCACCUCAUGGCAGGACACAGGAGAAGAUAGAAGAGUCAUCUUUGUCUUCUUUAUUACCUCAUUUCACUUGGUUACCAGGAAUUGUCUCAUUUCAUUACAGGUAUUACCAUAACAUGUUGCGCAAAGUCGAAGUUACUGAGAAUUUCACCUGCGCAAUCUGUUUGGUACAAUGUAAAAACUUUAAGAGUUUAAAAUUCCACCUUAAGGCAUCGCACCCGAUAUUUAAUUUCGAAUUUUCGGAAUCAAAGGCAUUUCCAUCUGUAUCUGUAUCUGUGAAACUUAACUGGAGGCAAGAGUUGAUUGACCAAAGGCUUGAAACUUUUAUGUACUGUGUGAAAAAACCAAAGCGCAGAACGUUGAAAACUUCAUCUCAUGGAAGAACUGAUGCAGAGGCGAUAGCGUUAGAUGUUGAACUUCGUAUUGGUACUGAGAACACUGGUUGUGGCCGACCAAUAGUUGUCUCUGAUAAUGGAUCAAAUGCAAUGCAACAAGUUGAGCCCGAAGAGGUUCAAAAUAAUGUAAUAUUUCACCUGCGACCAUCGAUUUCUACUCAGAAUGACCAGACACUGACAACGUUCGGAGUUGUGCAGGAGCAGGUUUCGAAUGCAGAAUCAGACCCCUCUCAGAGUUGUGUCCUAUCAGUGUCUGAUCAUGAUGAGACACGUGGAGUGCAGGAGGUUGACGAUGAAGAGACACGUGGCGUGCAGGAAGUUGAUGAUGAAGAUCUUUCAAAAGCCAUUGUUGUGUAUACUGGUCCGGGUUGUGUUCUUGCGAUUUCUGAGCAUGAUAAUUGGGCACUUUCUGUGGUAGAAGAUGAAGUUUCUAAUGCAAUUAUUUUGCGUACUAAUGAGGAAUGUGUCUCUCCAGUUUCUGAACAUGAUAAUGCGGCACGUGCUGUGCAAGAAGAUGAGGCUUCAAAUGCGAUAAUUUUAGAUCCUAGUCUGAAUUUUGUUCCGUAUGUACCGAGGGAUGAAGGUACAAGUUCAGCGCCACAAGCUAAAGAGAAAGAGAAGUUACUAAGUGAACGCUUUGACCCAAAUAUGCUUGCUCGGUGGAAAAAGCGAAAGUUUUAUCAUUCUCACACAUACCAGGCGAUGGAUCUUGAAGAAGUGGUGAAGGACGAAGACAGUGAGGAUGAAAUUAACGAGGGCGCUCGAGUGGUUGAAGAGAAAAGAAAACAGGAACUUCUUGGCGUUACCGAGCAUGAGAAGCGGCUCAUGACUAUGUGGGGCGAAUUUGUUAAGAAACAUCGUGUGCUGGUAGAUGGUCAUAUGAAUUGGGCAUUUGAAGCUUUCACAAAACAUCAUUGCGCUGAGCUUGUCGAGUCCACCCCAUUAUCCUGGGUUUGGAGAUUGUUUAUGAUAAAACUAUAUGAUCACGGUCUUCUAAAGCCAAAGACUGUGGGUACAUGCGGUGCCAUUCUCCACCAAUAUCGGGAGCAGCAAAAUGAGAUCCAAAAGCUUAAGAAGGUUCAGCCUCCUGAAACCCCUUCAAAUCAGUAGAAACAAAUGACAUAGAAAAAGACUUUUCUUUAUCAGGGGAAAAUUGCAGACACUGUUUCUGAAACUCUUUUAAUUGCUCUCUCUGUUGUACUGUUAGUACCUUCCAACUUUUAAUUGCUCUCUUUGUUGUACUGUUACUUCCUUUCAUAAAAUAAGGGGCAUGAAAUAGAGAAAUUUGCAAGGUUACUGUUUCA